CUCAUUUCAGCGUCGAUAAGAUACUGCACUGCCCUGCUCAACCACUAAACAUCACACUGGCUGUGAUUUGACAUUGAAUCGUUAUCACCAACACCACCAUCGCUCCAACCAUCACCAACCAUGAGCCCCGCUACCACACUCAACGCGCCACCACCAGCGGCAACCAGUCGAGUAAAACGCAUCGUAGGCAGGAUCCGCCGCCAUACAGAUGACACCGCGUCUACCAAAUCCUGCUCCCUACAUCGCAUCUCCGGCAGCCACAACCACGCCACACAGGAAGCCGACCUCUGGAACACGGCCUACGACGCCCUGAAAGCCAACCUCAGCACGACCGGCCUCGUGCUAGCCUAUGAGUCCAUCCUUCUCCAGCAACUGCCCAGCCAAGGGGUCAAUGAUAACUCCGCCGGCCUGCCGGGGGGUCCUCGCCGUCUCGAGCUCAUGACGGCGGUUGCGUCGGCGGGGCUGGCGCGCGAGCUGAGUUCCAAGUCUGAUGCUGGCGAUGACCUGGCGAGGAACGUCCUGGUGGCUGCUCGUGAGACUGUGGCUUCCUUGCUGGAUGCGCAUCCCGGUGCAGCUAUUGCGUGGGCGGGAAUCUGCUCUCUCACCCCUGUACGUCAUUAUUUACUCCUCGACCCUCUCCUGAGACAUCAAGAUAUUGCCCAAGGCUUCCUCUACCUCACAACCAACAUCCCCCGCUUCACAACCCUUCCGCGCAUCUUGCAACGCUCCGCCUGGCAGGACGAGCGCGACUACCUGCGCUUACGGGAGCAAACCCGCGAAGCCCUGGUGGUGCUGUACCGCCGCAUCCUAGAGUGCGAGAUGAACUGCGUCUGUGCCGCGGCGAGUUCGUGGAACCGCGCCGCGCGCAACGUCGUGGACUGGCAGGGCUGGCGGGCCAUGACGGACAAGAUGCGCGAGGCGGAUGAGGAGCUGGCACGGGAUAUCGAGCGGUACGCUACUGAGGAGACACAAAAGUCACUACAACAAGUGUCAAAACCGGUCCAGGAUGACUGAAUGAAUGCAAGACAGUAAUUUCGUCCGAUGUUGGCGUUGGCGUUGUUGGUUCAGGGGACAGGGAUUGAGAGAGGAAUAUUUGCUUCUGCAUACUCCAUACCAAUCAACCAACCGACCUCUUGUUUCAUUAUUAAGGGGG